UAUGUCUUCUUCUACUUCUUAUUCGGUGAAGCCUUAUCCCAAUCAUAUGGGGUCGACAUUUCCCUCCUUCGGCCGUCUCCACAAAAUCCUGUCCAUUUCCUCCCCUUCUCCCGCAGAUCAGCCUUUACUCUGUCUCUCCACCUCAUCCUUGGCCUUUCUCGCCCUCUCAUGCCACCCAGAUCCAAAUCCUGCACCCUCAGUCCCACAUAACCCUUCUCAAGUCUCUGCACAUGUCCAAACCACCUCAUCUCCUAGCCUCCUGCAUCUUCCCACCCAAUGGUCCAACCCCAAUAUCUCUAAUCACCUCAUUACGAAUCCUAUCCCUUCUUGUGACCCCACACAUCCAUCUUGCCUCAUUGAAACAGGCCAGAUUUCCGCGCCAUACAACAUAGCUGGAUUCACUACCAAUCUGUACACCUUAUCCUUAAUCUUACAGUUCACUCUCUUAUCACAGAGCACACCACUCAUCCAUAUCCAGUUGAAACCAUCUGCAAUUCAGUCUAUGCUGUAUUUCCGCAUCCAGCUCACCGUACCUUUGCAAACUUGAACCCAGAUACUUGAAGCUCACUAAUGA